AUCCUCGUACGUCUAGCUAGCAAUCAACCUCCAAUCACAACUUGAUUUCUUCCAACCCAACCUAGUUAGUUCUCAGCAGUGAGUGGCAGACACAGAGCUCCGUCUCGAUCCAUCUCCACGGAAUCAAGAAGAUAUAUCAACAAUGGCGGGCGUCGGUCGUAACAUGGUGGCGCCGCUGCUGGUGCUGAACCUCAUCAUGUACGUCAUCGUCAUCGGGUUCGCGAGCUGGAACCUCAACCACUUCAUCAACGGCCUCACCAACCGCCCCGGCGUCGGCGGCAACGGCGCCACCUUCUACUUCCUCGUCUUCGCCAUCCUCGCCGGGGUCGUCGGCGCAGCAUCCAAGCUCGCCGGCGUGCACCACGUGCGCACCUGGCGCGGCGACAGCCUCGCCACCUCCGCGUCCUCUUCGCUGGUGGCCUGGGCCAUCACCGCAUUGGCGUUCGGGCUGGCGUGCAAGGAGAUCCACAUCGGCGGAUACCGUGGGUGGCGUCUCAGGGUGCUGGAGGCGUUUGUCAUCAUCCUCGCCUUCACGCAGCUGCUCUACGUGCUUGCUCUCCACUCCGGGCUCUUCGGAAACCAGUUCGGUGACCAUGCUGGCGGUGGUGGGUAUCCGGCGGAGCACGGAGGAUAUGGCGCCGGCGACCCGCAUAAAAAGGGCAUGGGCACCGGCGGCGCGGCCAGGGUCUAAUUAAGGCGCCGGUGAUCGAUCUGGGUGUGGUCAGGACCUCGGAUAAUAAGUACUAUGUGUGGUGUUAGUGUGUGUCACGUACGGUGUCGAUGUGGCCUAGUACGUAGUAGUGUUG